UUUAAGAUAAUCAAUUAGUUAUAAUUGUGUGAUUAAAGUCGAAAGUGGCGCUUGGGAACUUGUGCACAAACUCAUAAGUGGAAUUGAAACUCCCCAUGUUGCUGAUUUAGUCUUUGAUUGUAAUCACUUUGAUAAUCGAAUCACAAUCAACUGUGUCUCUCUGAUGAUUAAUUUGAUUGUAUAAUUGAGAUUGAUUAUCAACUUGGUUAUCAUUUUCUAUUAUCUAUUUUGUUAUCACAUCUACUUUAAAAUCAGUUUUUCCUUUUUUUUCGUUUGGUGUUUUUUUCUUAUUGCUCUUGUAUUCACUUUUUUUUCCUGAUCUCUUUGAGCUCUUCAAUCAGAAUUAACUAAUCCUUUCUCUCUCUCUCUCAUUUAUACUCAACUUUAAUCUUUUAUUUUUCUAAAUUUAAUCGUUUUCUCUUCCUACAAAAUGUCAACCACUGAGUGUCCAAUCUUCCCAGCGCCUGAUCAUCCAUCUAAAUGUACAUGGUCACCAAAGGGUAAAUCUGAUGAAACAAUCGAUCCUCAUUUACAUAACCGCCAAUUAAGAGCUCCUGUUUGUCCAACUGUUCUUAAUCAUAUUGGUAAUACACCUUUGAUACGAUUGAAUAAAAUUCCCAGUCAAUAUGGUGUAAAAUGCCAAGUUCUGGCUAAAUGUGAGUUCUUCAAUCCUGGUGGAAGUGUUAAAGAUCGUAUUGCCUUACGAAUGAUUGAAGAUGCUGAAGAAAAGGGUAAAAUCGAACCUGGUUGGACAUUAAUCGAACCUACCUCAGGAAACACUGGUAUUGGAUUAGCUUUGGCUGCCGCUGUUAAGGGUUAUCGAUGUAUCAUUGUAAUGCCCGAGAAAAUGUCCACCGAAAAGGCCAAUGUACUUCGAGCGUUGGGAGCUGAAGUUAUUAGGACACCAACAUCAGCCAGUUUCGAUUCACCGGAUUCUCAUGUUUCGGUUGCUCAGAAAUUGUGCCGACAAAUACCAAAAUCAAUUAUUCUUGAUCAAUAUGUUAAUCCGUCUAAUCCAUUGGCUCAUUAUGAUGGUACUGCCACCGAGAUCUUGGAACAAUGUAACAAUAAGGUUGACAUGGUUGUUCUCGGUGCUGGAACUGGAGGUACCAUCGCGGGUAUUGGCCGUAAAUUAAAGGAAACUGUGCCUCAAUGUAAGGUCGUCGGUGUUGAUCCUUAUGGAUCUAUUUUGGCUCAACCUGAGACCCUUAACGAGACGAGUACAACUUUUUACGAAGUUGAAGGUAUUGGUUAUGAUUUUAUUCCAACAGUUUUAGAUCGAUCUGUUGUUGACCUUUGGGUUAAAUCGGGAGACAAAGAAUCACUUAUCAUGGCUCGAGAGUUAAUUGCAAAAGAAGGUCUUCUCUGUGGUGGAUCAUCUGGAAGUGCCAUGGCUGCCGCUAUGAAGGUCGCCAAAGAUUUAAAAGAAGAUGAAACCUGUGUGGUCAUCUUACCGGACAGUGUUCGUAACUAUAUGACCAAAUUACUUGACGACAAUUGGAUGGCUGAGAGAGGUUUUCUCACUGAAAGUCUACUCAAAGCUCAAGAGCAACAGAAACCCUGGUUCUGGGAUUUGACCAUUGACAGUUUAUCCGUUGGUGCGGGUCUGAUAACAAUUCAAAUGACCAAUAAAAUAAGUGAAGCCAUUUCAACCAUGAGAAGUCAAGGAAUUGACCAAAUGCCGGUUGUUGAUUCUUCCGGAUUCCUUAAAGGUAUGGUAACUGUUUCAGCGACCAUGAAAAGUUUGGUCGGUGGUGCAGCGACCGUUGAUGAUCCCGUUGAAAUUAUAAUGACCAAAGUUUUUCCCUCCAUUGAUCGUAACGAGACACUUGGCUCUCUAACGACUCUCCUUAAAUCACAAUCGUUUGUUGUAAUUGUUGACCAAAUUUCACCUUCCGAAGUUAAAGUUGCCGGAAUAAUUACUCAUGUUGAUGUCCUUAAUUAUCUAAUUAUCGCUGAUGCCUACGAACAAUAAAAUCAUCACAAUGAUCCUCCAGAAAGAAAUUGAAAGAAAUCGUAAAUCUACAAAUUAAAUAUAAAUUGUGAAGAUUUUUGCUUUAAAAAAAAAGCAAAAUUAAUCCAUUUCGAGCCAAAUCAAAUUCAGCUACCAUAUUUCAAAGAUAUUAAUUUAAUUACUGUUAUUUAAUUAAUGAUCUUUAUUUACAAAUGAAAAGUUUACAGGUAACAAAACUAAUCAAACAACAAUCAUUCCUAUUAUUAUAUUAACCACUUCAAUGUUUGUUUGAUUAACCAAAAAAUCACUCAACAAAUUAACUAACAAUUGACUAAGAAUGAAAAACAAUUUUCAUACUCUAUGCAUCUUGUUUCAACUACAAUUAAAUCAAUAAAUUAACUAACUAAUCA